AUAAUAAGCAAUUUCGUUUAUAAUAAAUAACUCAAUAAUUAAACGGUUCUUAAUUAUUCUUCAUUUAAUUGAUUCGAUAUAUGUAUAUAAAAUAGCAAAUUAUAAUACGAUCAUAAACUCACAUGAUGUUGGAGAAGUGGCGUGGUGUCGUGAAGCUUUAGCCGAUUAGGCUUUCUUGUCGUGUUCGAUCUUCGAUCUUCCAGGUAAGUUGAACCAAGUGGAUGCGACGUAUGCCUUUAUAUCACCUCUUACUCCGAACCUAACUACAGUAUAGUCCACGUUACUGCCACUUUUUCCUUUGCUCUCCCUUCCUCUUUAAUUUCUUUUCUUUUUCUCUCUCAACUUUCAACGAGUUCUACGUGUUCUUUCAACGAACCCCACUCCUAAAUCUUUCUCUUUCUCUCUUUCCCUCUCUCCCUCUUUCUUUCCCUACCCUUUCCCUCACACACACACAUAUACUCUCUCUCUCUCUCUCUCUCUCUCCCUCUUCGUAACUAUCUUGACCAGCCACGAUUCGUUUUACAAACACUCAUGUAAAGAUAGAGACAGUUCGAAUGUCAAAGCGGUCAUGCGCGAUCGUGGCUCUAGCAGCUCUCUGUUUCUCUUUCUUUACUCUCGUCCCUCUUGCAUAUGUUAGAGAAAAAGAAAAAGAAAAGAGAGAAAGAGAGAUGUAUAAAUAAAGAAAGUAGUCGACAGAGUGCGUUUUACAUUGCAAAAAGGGAAUGUUAAUAUGUUCCUUCUUACGAUCAGGGGUCAUGUUCGUGUUCUCUUACCUAAGAGCCGGUUAUGUAGCUGUUAUUGCGAUAAAAAUGCUACUACCGAGUAGUAAUAAUACUAACUUUUAUCAUAUCCUAAUAUCAUAUGAAUUAUAAAAUUAGAUUAUUCUUUCUUUAACGAUCACUUAAAUUCUAAUUGUCAUUAGAAAUUCUAAUUCUAAUUGUAAUUUAGAAAUUCUUGUUAUAGUUAUUUCAAUAUUUUUAUUAUUAUUAAUAAUUGUAUACUAUUAUUAAGUCCCGUUGAAAAUUGUUCUCUCUUUCGUUAAUUGCUAAAAAUAUAAUGAAAAAUUCAUGAAAAUUAUUUUUUCAUAAGUAGAAAAGUUGUUUCCAUUAAAGAAAACUUCGAGGUUAACAUACACGAUAACUAUCGAAUAAUUUCAUGGAGUCACGUUGCCUUCGCCGAUAAUACACGUUUUCGAAAGUACUUUCGAUCUUCAACGAAGCAGAUCGUCUACACACGAAAGAAAAAUUUACGUAAUUCUAAAUUAAAACAGACGAGAAACAGUAACGAUUGUUGAUCAUGAAGUAUAUCGAGGAGUUAUUGAAAUUUUUUUAUUCAUAUUAAACUUUCCUUCGGAUGUUAUUUAAAAGACAGCAACAACUAGUUCAAAAUAGAAAUUUAAAAGGGUUUUUUAAGCUGUUAAACAAACAGAUUGUACUGUUCGAAGGAAGAUGCGUUAGUAGGUCACUAGCUGACAACUUACCGACAUGUUUCUCUAGGAAGAAAACUGAAGGAGAAGAAGAAGACGAUACUAGGGAAAAAAUUAUAGAUCAUAAUCAUCAAGGAACGAACAAUAGAAGAAGCAGUUCAGAUUCUAAAUCAGUAAGUUGCCAUCUUGGCAAGCUAAUACCUUGCUGGACCAAUUGCAAGUAUUGGUUUUGUUGUCGAAGGUCAAGUGCAUUAGACAAUUGAAUACAUGAAGAGUAAAUCUUAUUUUCUGUUCGUGAUUCAAUGAAAAGUAUAGAAUUGUUAUAGAAGUUUGGAUGUCUGAAGAAAUCAAUAAUAUCGUCAAAAAUAUUGUUCUAGGGAUUUUUUUUCAUAGUCGCAAUUCUUAUCCAAUUUUGAUGAUUAUAAGUGCUCAUUCGAAAAAUAAAGAUUUUUUAGACAAGAUUAUCUUUUCAGAUUUACAAAACAGAAAUUUAAUUGUGUGAAAAUUACUUAUUUAUAGACAUGAUUUUUGUAAAGAAAAUAAUAUAUAUAUAUAGGUAUGUACAGUUCUGCACAAUCAUAUGCAAAUCUAUGCAAUAAUAAUUAUGACGAGACAAAGAAUGAAAUUUGCAUCCUGCGAUUUAUCUAUCCCUUUUAUCUUUUUAUCUUGUCAGUAUUUAUCUCCAAGUAAACUUAAGCGAAUUUUAUUCUUAAACUGACUUCUUAAUGGCUUGAAACUAUACACAUUAU